AUGGUGCAGUCGGUAAACCUGGAUACGGGGCAAGCGGAGGAAUUCGAGUUGAAGCAGGGGCAGUGCGGUGCCGCACAGGAACCGCUCAUACCAAUCCGCAUCGAUGUGCAGUGGAACGAUGCCCGUGUUGUCGAUGCCUUUCUUUGGAACCAAUAUGAAGAACGCCUCACACCGGAGACGUUUGCCCCACACCUGCUCCGGGAUCUGCAGCAACCUAUGGAGCUUGCAAACGGUGUUGCGUCCGCCAUUCGCGAGCAGAUAGAGCAGUACUCUCCCUUUGAACACGAGCUAUUCGCGGAUCGUUCCGAGUUGCGCCUGCUCUUUACCUUGGAUGUGCGAAUAGGGAAUAUCCAGCUACAGGAUACCUUUGAGUGGGAUGCGCUCUCAUUCGAAAGCGAUCCCGAGCAGUUUUCGCGGAUGCUCUGUCGAGAACUGGGCCUUGGAACAGAGUUUAGCACCGCCAUCGCCCAUGCGAUUCGUGAACAGUUGCAGGACGUUUGGGCGGGUGUCGCUUACUCCCAAAAAAGCAUUCUGGAAUCCGUGCAUCCGCGUAUAACGAUUCGGGAUGGCGAAGAUUGGGAGCUUCCGGGUCCCGCGGUGCGCGUGCUCUCCAAGGAGGAACUCGAAGAGGUGGAGCGGCGUGAGGAUCGCAGUGCUCGCGCCAUGCGUCGCAGUCAGCGCAAAUCCGGGCUGAGCUGGGGCCUGGCCCCAGCGCCAACGCUCCGGGAGCGCUCCGUGGACAGCACUGUGUUUUUCGGGCCGCGGCAAGCCGUGGCCGAAGAGCGCCCCAAACGGCGUCGCAACCAGAAUCCUGUUGACUCUGAGGGUCGGCCCGUCGUAGCCUGCAGCCAUUGUGGUCGACAUCCGUCAAAAACGCCUUUAAUGCGAGUUGGACCACGUGGUCUCAAGAACGAAAUCUGCAAUAGUUGUGGCCUGUACUAUCGCAAAUAUGGAGAGCUUCCCACGCAUUAUAAGGGCUAUCCCAUUGGGCCUGGGUAUCCGCCACCUCCUGGAAGUCAGGAACAUGAUGCAUAA